AUGCUCAAGGAGAAGAUGGCAGUGUUGAUCGGGCUUUCCUCCUCAUGUUGUCUUGCCUGGUCAUGGCCUUCAUACCCUCGAUCACAUCAGCAACUGUUGAUAACGGUGAACACCGACCUUCUUACGGCUGUCCGUGUCUAUAAGCUCAAUAACAUCCCCACCUAUCAAAAGGUCUUUCACAAGAAGAGAUAUCAUCACUUUUCUCAAGCACAGAAGUCGAAACCCCAAGGUGCCAUUUCCAUGACGUUGUGCGAACUAGCUACUGCGCGACAUCAUUCACCCCCUUUGGAAUGCUCUGCAUUCGCCGACAGUCGCAUUCCCUUCGUAUCUACAAGUCACGUCCAGGGUGAUUGCGUAGAACGAUGGAAUGAUAUUGGUACAAUCAAUGAUCUUGCUGGGCUGAAAAUUUUGAUAUAUAUUCCCACAGAUACCGCCAAGGACAUAUACAGGAACGCUACUCUGGAGAAAAUUUCCCUAAUUCGUUUUAUGCUCGGUCGCGAGAAGGCAAUGAAAGACGUUGUACAGUCUUGGGAGCGAACAUCUGAAGAUUUACGAAAUAUAAUAAUAGCGUUGUCCGACUCCUCAGGCCGUAUACGCUCUUCUGCAGAUGUGAUGGUGUCAAGGAUGGAAGAUAGUAUUCACAAGAUUCUAUCUCAUGUAGAUAGAGAGGUCUUAGAUCUACAGGAUCGUCAUAACGACGCUUCCCUCAAGUCUACGAUGAAGAUUCACAACCUCCUGGAAGAAAUUUCGCUCCGUCAUGCCGACUCGUUGUCAAUGCUACUCCCAAAUUUCCAGGAUAGUCUCACAUCACAACUUCAGCUGGCUUUCUUACCGGUUUUGGAGCGAAGCCACCAAGCCCUCGAAAAUCUAAACCAUGCCCAUCAACAAUGGGGGAUAUUGGAAAACGAGUUUACAGCGAUGCAAUAUACGUUCGGAGAACUUGCAACAGCUAUUUCGCAAAUAACAGUAAUCCUAGAUAAGUCAACUGAACAAGCUAUCCUUGCACAGAAGACCCAGCAGGAAGUAACCAGCUCUGCCGUCGAUCUUGUUGAUACUCUCUCUCGGCUAACUGCGACGACACGUGAGGAGCUAAUCGCGAUCAACAAUACUGCAGCUGCAUUGAAACAUGAGUUGCGCCACAACAACUCUAAUGAAUGGCUUCGAGUUGGUGCAGCUUCACUUAUGCAAACAUUUUUACCAAAUGUACCCAAUUUGUCUUAUCUGCUUACCCCGCGAUGGGUCCGCUUAAUACUUGGCCUUGCAAGCGCUCUAUGGUAUCUUCUUCAGACGGGAUUUUCCAUUCUAACGAGCGCUUUUAUGGUUCUUUACUCAAAACAGGUCUGGUCACAAUUUCCAGAUUUGUCUGCUUCUACGAAAGAACAGGUUCUUCGAGAGGCUCCGCCGCCUCCCUUGUCGUCUGUCGAACUCCAUCAAUCAGUUUAUGAACCGAAAUACUGUCAGUACAUCCAUCGGGAUCCUCGCAUUGUUCGUCGCAGUUCUCGCCCACGCAUGUCUCGUAUACCCGAUAGACUUUGCAAAGCACCUUCCGAACAGGCGCGGAUGUGGAUUUAAUACCCUACAACAACUUGCUAUUGUUCUUUGCCGCCCAUUACCGACCAUUCGGUAUUUCGGGAUCGAUAUUCAUCAAAUGCAUACGAGCCCCCCAUUGUGCUAAACACCGCUUAUCCUUUCAUUACAUUCUUAUGGUGCAGUUGGACCUUUCCUUCUUAGCCAAAUUUUCGUGGUUGUUCGCGAAGCUCACUAGUAUGGAGAAGACCUACUCAUGGAUGUUACCGGAAUCAAUACCAACCAAGCAUGAUAAUUUAUUGUAUUUACUUGCUGUGGCUUGGACCCAUCUAGAAAAGCUCUAGCACUUCAU